AUGGCAUUGAAGGCCAGAGUGAUGCCGACUCUGACUGAAUCUGAGAGCGAAUUAAGCAGCGACUUAGAGCUUGAUAACGAGGAUUCAGAUGAUUCCGAUCUCUCCGAUGACGAAAUUUACAAUGACGAGGGUCAGCUACCUUCAGAACACUAUUUAGCCGAAGCGAACGGCUUAGACGUCUCAAGACUUCGACAAAAGCGGUACAGUGAUAACACCUAG